AUGAAACGACGCUCUCACUCCCCAAGUGGACACCACAGUGCCCCGGCGCUCUCACUCCCCAAGUGGACACCACAGUGCCCCGACACUCUCACUCUGGACACUCCCCGCUCUCACUCCCCAAGUGGACACCACAGUGCCCCGACGUGGACUCUCCCCGACUCUCACAAGUGGACACCACAGUGCCCCGACACUCUCACUCCCCAAGUGGACACCACAGUGCCCCGACACUCUCACUCCCCAAGUGGACACCACAGUGCCCCGACACUCUCACUCCCCAAGUGGACACCACAGUGCCCCGACACUCUCACUCCCCCAAGUGGACACCACAGUGCCCCGACACUCUCACUCCCCCAAGUGGACACCACAGUGCCCCGACACUCUCACUCCCCCAAGUGGACACCACAGUGCCCCGACGCUCUCACUCCCCCCAAGUGGACACCACAGUGCCCCGACGCUCUCACUCCCCCAAGUGGACACCACAGUGCCCCGACACUCUCACUCCCCAAGUGGACACCACAGUGCCAUGACGCUCUCACUCCCAAAGUGGACACCACAGUGCCCCGACACUCUCACUCCCCCAAGUGGACACCACAGUGCCCCGACACUCUCACCCCCCCAAGUGGACACCACAGUGCCCCGACACUCUCACUCCCCAAGUGGACACCACAGUGCCAUGACGCUCUCACUCCCCAAGUGGACACCACAGUGCCCCGACACUCUCACUCCCCAAGUGGACACCACAGUGCCAUGACGCUCUCACUCCCCAAGUGGACACCACAGUGCCCCGACACUCUCACUCCCCAAGUGGACACCACAGUGCCAUGA